UGGACUGCAGGCGACCAGCUUCCGUACUCUAGAAGGUAAGCAAGGCAGUUCGAGCGCCGUCACCAUCGCCCUACUUAGUUCGUCGACUAAACAGGGAUGCGAGACACGCGCAGACCUCGUACACUCAACAAACACACCGGCAGUGAUCUCGAGCUAGCUAGGCCCAUACCGAGUCCAAGUCCAAUGGCGCCUGUCGAGAUGGACAUUCGUCCGUCCGCGGCGGUGUUAUACGUAUACAAUAGCUCGUGGCCUCAGGCAUCACGCGUAGCGUCCUCGAAGCCGUACUUCGUGACCUAUGUCCUGCACGCGAAGAUCCCGAUCAUCGUCCUCGCCUCCAUCUCGUUACAGCACGAUUAUACUUAGUACAAUAAUCUCAUCGAUAUCAUGACGAGAAAACC